UCUGAGUGUAAACAGGAGAAACGUGUAUUUUCAUGUUGGCAGCUAUGAGGGAAGUGACAGAAGUACAAAUUCAGCUGUGACUCAGAGAGGGGAUCAUAUCAACAUCAGUGUGACUACAGAAAACUCCAGAGUGAGGGUAGAAGUCUUUUCUUUCUCUUAUUAGAGGACACAUUUGUGCAAAGAGUCUAAAGUAAAGAUGCUGUGGAGUCUGUUGUUCAUCACUUUGAUUGGAAGAUCAACUCAACAGGAUCCAGUUACAUCAUCAGGAUGUAGUCCAGGCUGGGAAACUAUCAAACUGGAUGACAAAGUGGCAUUUCAGUCUUCAUUCUACACAGACAAUGGUGUCAACUACACUGCUGACAGAGCUUUGGACGGAAAUAUUACGAGAUGUUCUCACACUUUACCCACUGAGCCCAUCAGCUGGUGGACAGUUGACUUAUUGGGUCUAUAUGAAAUUUCCUGCAUCACUAUUUACAACAUAAAUCAAUCAAAUGUUGAUCUAAGAGGGGCUCGGAUCCUCAUCGGGAACUCAUCUGAGAGAAAUGCUGCUGACACCACUGAGUGUGCAACAAUCAACACGACUACUAAGGGAGAAAAUAAUACAUUUAACUGUGAAAAUGGACCAAAGUGGGGGCGUUAUGUAACUGUGUACAAAAACACACCAGGGCUUGUAAUUCUGUGUGAGGUGACGAUGAAAGGCAGAAAAAAAGAGCCAUUUAAACUGAUUAAAGAGAACAAGACAUGGGAAGACGCCCUGUACCACUGCAGAGAGGAACACAUGGAUCUGGUUUCCAUCCUUGAUAAAGAGACCCAGGGCUGGGUUGGGUUGGAGGCUCAGAAGGCUGACACUCCCUUUGUCUGGCUGGGUCUUCACUACAGCUGCACCCUGGACCUCUGGUUCUGGGCUGAUGAUCAUUGUGUAGGUUUUGAUCGGUGGGCUCCAGACGAGACAAGAACAGCAGACUGUAGCAUGAGUGGUGCCAUGAAUACAAGUGGGAACCAUCUGUGGUACAAGAAGUCUGUUUAUGAUAAAUAUAAUUUCAUCUGUGCAGUGUAAGAAGAUCCAUGGAUUGGCUUUGUUUAUUCAGUUAGACAGGUGUCAGUAGUGGCUUGUUGGGUUGUAGCAAACUUUCCUCUAAUAAAUCAAAGGUGAUGGGCUCAGGCUCAGUGUAGUAGGAACAUAAACAGUGGUGAAAUUAACCAAAACUUUUCUAUUAACACUCAGAAACAUGUUUUAUAUUUUUUUUAAAAAUCUUCUACAGGCUACUUAGCUUUCCUCACUGCCUGCUUUAUGAUCAUAUGUUUUUGUCUGAUGCUGUAUGUCAUGUCAAUUUAAGGACAUUUAAAAACAACACAGAUUGACCAGAUUAAAGGUGCUGUACAAACUGAAAGAGAAUAAAAAGGAAUAAUAAUAAUAAAUUACAGUUAGAACUAUUGUAUUUCAUGGUACGAUCAUAAUGUGAUGAAGUUUUUUUGUCAUCAUCUUAGUCUUGACCAAGUUUUUUGUGUUUAACGUGUCAUCUCAUUUAAAUACACUGUAUAAUUCCACAUAUAUUUUGUACACUGUAAAAUGCUGCAGCAUUCAUGUAUUUCUGCUUAAAUGGAUUCGUAGUUUGGCUGAAUAUGUAAAUUUGCAAACAGAAGAAAAUAUUUAUUCACGUGUGUUUAUCUGUUUAUGGAGGAGAAGAAAGUCCUACAUACAUUUUACACCAUUUUUUUAAGAUUCCUGCUUUGUGUUUAUAGAAAACCUGAGAUAUUGAUCUGGUCAGUUACGUAGCAGAAGUUAAUCAGUUUUAGCUGCUUUGAUGUAAUGUACUACUUCUUUUUUUUAGGUUGCUGUUAGGAAAUCAAUACCAAAUGAGUAACUCGAGUUGAAGAAUCAGUUCCACUGUGUUGGUCCCAGUAGUACAAACACAUUUCUGAACACUGAGUCUGUCCUCAGAGGUUUAAAGCCAGAAGAACAGACUCAGAAUAGUAUAGUGUACAAAUAUAAUGUUUACUUUGUCUCCAAGGUCAGCAUCUACAAGCAUUCACAUCUAUAGGAUCAAAUAUGUCGUCUCUGCAGCAGCUGUGUAAACAGCUGCCAAACAGACAAACAGUCAGCAGUGGUUGACAAACUUUGCAUACUGGCAAAUCUGUAUAUCAGCUGUUUACAGGUUUUGAUUUAAUCCUCUUAGUUAAUCCACUGCAACACUCUGUGCUACAGUGUUUAGCCAUUCCAAAUUCUAUAAAAAAUUUAAAAUAUAAUACAAAUCAGGUACAUGUUAAGGGGUAUUGCAAGACUUAAAUCCAUUUAAAGCAUGCAAAUUUUUCCUGAUUUUUUGAUUUGUAUAUUUGCUAUACCAGUCUCAGAGGAUACGUCCCUGUCUGGACAUUUGCAGAUGUUGGUAAAAAAAAAAAAAAGAGGGCGAUACGCUGGAAAAAACUGGUCAUCAAAGCAGACUUUUCCCUCAGGAAUCUGGAAUAUUUCAUUCUCUUUAAAGUGACAGUGUUUUGUGUUUUGAUAUUAUUUAUAUCUAAAAUAUUGAAGCUACAUGGUACAGCUGGUCAGAUUGUGCUAAAUGGAAGAGAGACUUAAUUCUGGUAUCUUAAAUCAUUUGUUUUGUUGCAUUUGACUAA